UGCGUCAAGGUGCCCAAAGAUGAAGAUCCCCAAAGAGGGAGGCGCGACUGCGAAACUGCAGAACCACUGCCAGAACAAGAAUCGCCAGAGGGCCCGAAUCGGGACAAAGAUGGGCAUGAUCAAGCUGUGGUGGAUAAUGUGUCUGCUGAACCUGUCCCUGAGGACAUCGCGGGCAGCACAGCCGACGACAGAGGAAACCAACAGUUCAACGAUAUCAAUCGUGACGACGCACCCUCCCCAGGCGCAGAUGACGACCCUCAGCACAACAACACUGAGCCAACUACCGCCAGAGGUAGUGCCCCCAGAGAACAACGCCACCCAGCAGGACCCAGCGGCGGACGCCCAGUCCGCCACAGAGUCCGGCCGGAGCGGUACAUUGAGCAAUGUUGAGGGAGUGUUGGGGGGGGCUGCAAUACUGCCAUGCAAUUGCAGAAAGGAAGAAGGGUCCCUGUGCAGACGCACCGCCGAAUGGGAAGACAACACCGAACCCCUGGAUGUGGACCGGGGCCGUGCAAGGGACUCUAUGGACAGUGAACUGGACAUAAGGACUUUGUAUGGACAGCAGGCCCUGGGCAGGGGUACCUGGCACGACCCACCAUGGGAAGAUUCGGUGGACUGGACUCUGCCUCAGCACGCACUCACACAUGAGAAGGGGGGCUACAGUUUGGGGUUUUGAGUCGAUAAGCAUGUUUUGAUACCUCUUUGUUGUAUACCUCGUUUUUUUUUAU